UUAGAUAAAAUGACUCAAAUUGGGAUGAAAAUGAAAAUACUUCAUAUGAAAUCUAGAGCCGACGUACGAAAAAAAUCUUGAUCAAAUUGUUUACGUCGACAAGACCCGACCCGGUAUAUUCAUCUUUGGUCCCUGAGUAAUCUUUUCAAAGUUCUCACUUCUCAGCCUCAAUGAAUUCGACUCUUGAAGCACCUUCUGCUAACAGUCCAGUUUAACUUCAUAGAAAGAGAAUCCGUAGCAUUCCAUGUCUUCCUCUCUGCUUCUCUCCCGGCCUCCUGGUCCGGCCACCGCCGGCUACUGUACGGAUGCUUCUAUUGGGUUUCAAAAGUCAAGUUUUCUUUCCACCACGAAGCUGAUCUUUCCACCCUCCAGUUCCAACCGUAGAACUAAGAAGAGCGGAUUGAUAGGAGGUUGCUCUUACCGAUCUCCCGUAGCUUCCAAGUCUAGCAACCCCAUACCCAAACAGUUCCGAGGGGAGAAUCUCAAAGAUGGGUUGAUGGAAAAUUAUGAAAAUAUUCCUCAGUCCCUCUACGGCCUUACUCCAUCACAGCUGAAUAUCUUCAUGAAAGAAGACAAUCCUGUAAACAGGCAAUCUAAAAGUGUGAAUGAGGAAAGCAUAUCGUCAAGGCACAAUUAUUUGAGCGAAUCUGGGCUGUGGACCAAUGAUGAUCCUGAAAUGCAGAGUAUGAGUAUGUCCAUGUAUAGUAGAAUGGCUGGUGGGCCCAUUGGCAGAUACGAUUCUGAGCCUCCCGAUUUGCCAUCAGAGCUUCUUAAAGCUCGAAUUGUGUAUCUGGGCAUGCCGAUUGUGCCAUCUGUUGCUGAGCUUGUUCUUGCUCAGUUCAUGUGGUUAGACUAUGAAGAUACUUCAAAGCCUAUAUAUCUUUAUAUAAAUUCAUCUGGCACUCAGAAUGAAAAGAGGGAGUUGGUUGGUUCAGAAACAGAUGCAUAUGCAAUAGCUGACUCCAUUGGUUUCUGCAAAUCAGACGUGUACACAGUGAAUGUUGCUAUGGCACAUGGUCAAGCAGCUAUGCUUUUGGGAAUUGGGAAGAAAGGCUACCGAGCUGUACAGCCACAUGCUUCCACAAAACUGUACCUGCCUAGUGUUGGCAGAUCAAGUGGACCUGUUACUGAUAUGUGGAUUAAGGGAAAGGAGCUGGAAGCAAACACAGAUAGUUACUUGGAUCUAUUGUCAACGAGUGUGGGUAAACCAAAGGAAGAGAUAGAGAGAGAGAUUCGGCGGCCUAAAUAUUUGUCACCACAAGAGGCCAUUGACUAUGGCCUUGCAGACAGGAUUAUUCAACCAGAAGAUGAUGCCUUUGAUAAGCCUGCUGAUGAUAUGCUUGCCCGAUCAAUAGCAAUGAGGAGAGCAGCGGCAGCGGGGCAGGGGCCAACUGCUGGCUCUGGGUAUAAUAGAGGUAGGUAGAUACGCAACCACAACCCAGCCAUUGACCAAACCUUCAUUACAAUACUACAAUUCAGUUCUUGUUUAGCACAAAAAUUUGAAUGGGAUCUUUAUGUGUCUGUUCCUACUUGUAAUCCCUUAGGAGUAUAUGGGGUUGAGGUCUCUGUCCAAUGCAUUUACCUUUUUUAUUACACUGUUACUUUAACCAUUUGGGUUAACGGCAUGUAAAGUAUUGUGAAUGAAGUCCCCUAUGCACUAUUAUUGUGUUUGUCUACAAAAUAAAUAUGUAUUGGGGAUACUUUCCCCUUCCCUUUGUUAAGUGUCCUCUCAGCUAUAAUCAU